GUCAACACUUUGUCUCUUAUGGAGACAGAAUUGGCCAAUUCCACCUUUGCCGAGUAUCCGAGUCAUAUUUGUCAAGCCUCGUAGGAUAGAGGAUGUGUUUGCAGAACAACCGAUAUUGUUUCUACUCUACACUCUUAGACCUCGUGGCCGACCGUGUGGAUUUCUUCUGGCCUAAUUAAUCCGUUCUGCCCUACCGACAGGGGUACUGUCAGUUAUCGUGGCCUGAACAGUAAUCAUCACUCUCCUUCGAACGACUUGCCAAAGUCUAUACCUCGUGCGAGGUAAAGGAUAGCCUCGGGUUCUCUACUAGACGGCCUCGAUUCGCCCCGCGCCUUACUUCAUAAUGUCUAUACCGACCAUGCCAAACGAUGUCAUACUCCUAAUUGGGCAGCAAUCACAAUCCCAAGCAGACCUGCACGCGCUGGUACGCACUAGUCGCUGCUUCUAUCUCCUGUUGAAGCACCUCUUAUAUCAACAUAAUCUCAACUAUCACGAUGGAGACGGUAUCCUUCAAGCAGCCAAGCUCGGGUCAAUACCUGCGGUAGCUCAAUUCAUCAAAGAGGGAUAUCCGGUGAAAGAUCGACCCUCCCAUGAGGGGGAACACCCGCAAGUAUCUGGAUUUACAAUUCCCAGCCCUUGCACAUGUUAUAUGGAGCAUCCUAUCCUUUAUGCUGCCGAAUAUGGUCAUACGGAGCUUGUCCGGUAUCUUCUCGUCUCAUGCCCAGGACCAGAAGAAUUUAAGAACAACCUAGGUGAAACACCUAUACAUCUAGCAGCGAGAAGCGGAUCUCUCUCGGUCAUCAAGGCUCUGCUCAAUGAGGGCGGGGCGAAGGUCUCUAUGCUUGACACCAAUUUCACCCUAGCCCCAAUUAAAGAGGCUGCAGUCAAUGGACACACGCACGUGGUCGAAUAUCUACUAUUAGAUACUCUGAAUAAGCACGACUAUGCUUCAUCUUUGCUUCCAUUUGCCGCUGCAUCUGGAAACAUAGCACUUGUAUCAAUGCUCCUUGAUCUGGGAGCACAGAUCAAUCAUAAAUACGUGGAACGACAGGCGCCUAGAAAAGCUCUUAAUUCACGAGGACGAGGUUAUGAAUCAACUGCGUUAUCGGUGGCAGUAAGUUAUGGCGAUGUAACCAUGGUGAAACAUUUACUUAGCCAUGGCGCUGAUGUGAACCUUCAAACGGGAUUUCGUACUCCGGGGAGAACUCCUUUGUACAUGGCACUUGAGAAGAACGACAACGAAGUCGGGAAGGUACUUCUGGCUCACGGCGCCGACACCGACGAUGAACAUGUCCGUGAAGCCAUCUACCAACGCAACAAGAUAGCGCUGAAAAUGCUCCUCGCCAAGCAUAAGAUGUACGAAUGCCCAAUCAACCUCUUGGACGUGGCAGCAGCGACCGAAGAUACAGAAAUAUUCCAAAUCCUCUUAGAUGCAGGAUUCAACGAGGAAGCGGCCCUUUUAGAAGCCAUCAACCGCGGCCAGGAAGAAAUCGUCACCCUCCUUCUAGCCCACGGAACGGACCACGACUUGCCAAGUCUUUGUAAAAGUGCAGUCGGAGUAGUCAUUGCUAAUCGUGAUGUUGGCCUUAUGAGGGUAUUACUGCGCUACGGGGCUCAUGCUUACCCUGAGGACUUGGAAGCCGCUAGACUCUUUGCCCCCGAGCAUAUUUUGAAGCUAGCAGAGAAGUUUCCCCUUCAUUCUCGUCGCAAGCGAGAUAUGUAUCCCGGGCCGUUUGUUGCGUACAAUGCCUCGCAAGAGGGGUGGCUGUUGGUGGAUCAGGACUGGGGUUCAACGAGGAGGAGGCUUUGGUAGGGACAGUUACAGUAGUAUGUUUAGCAGGGAUUUAUUACCUGGAAAGCGACGAAAAUUAUUUACUGAUACUGUUGUUGACAAUUUUACUAAAUUAAGAUACGA